GUCAGUCAGCCUUGUGGUCAGCCUCAUCAUUUCAUCAAACGACAAACAGUAAAUUUUCAGCCAAUCCAUUACUUCAUCCAUCCAUCCAGCAUCUCUGUCGGCAUUUUAUAGUUUUUCAGUUCGUUUGUGUAUAUUUGUUGACAUUGGUGCUUAUUUUAACGACUAUAUCUACUUCUUUGGUGAAGACACUAUAACGUUGGGAUUGAAUAGAAAGUAUUUAAGAAUUGGAGGAUGGCACGUGGGCAGCAAAAACUUCAAUCACAAGCAAAAGCUGCAGAGAAACAGUCCAAACUAAAGAAACAGCAGGGCCACAGUGCCAAUGACCAGAAGAAAGCUGCACAGAAAGCUCUUGUCCACGUGUGUGUUGUUUGUAAGGCGCAGAUGCCAGACCCUAAGACCUACAAACAACAUUUUGAAAACAAGCAUCCCAAAAACGAUCUUCCAGAAGACUUGAAAGCUAUCUAACACUUGUGUAGAUUUAACGUUUAUUUAACUUUUAAGAAUUGUAAAAAUAUCUUGGUAUUGAAACUGCAUUUGUUUAUUUCAUUAUGUUUGAAGCUAUGUUUUUUUAUGAACUAAAUGGAAUGAGCACUUGAA